UCCGAGCUCGUGCGGUCACGCUCCUCGGUGGGCGUUAAAUCCGUCUUCCUCCUAUCUCAUUCAGGACUUUACGGUUAAUGUUACACAAGCCGCCGCCGUUUAUUUCGUGACAUUUCAAGGCGCGGUCGAUCGGUGAAGAUGACGGAAAGCUCUGGGAGCAAGCUGCUCAACGGGGAAGCCUGUCAGCGGACCCUACGUGGGAAAAAUGCGGGCAAAAAUGGCUUCGUGAAGAACCACUGUGUGUUCGAACAUCCACGGAAGUAUCGCCGCCCAACGGAAAGGAGCCAAAAUGCAGCCCCAAACUCCAGUUUGUAUAAGAAGCCGUUUUCCGAGUCGUUUGAGGAGACCCCGCUGCUGGUGGCGGUGCUCACCUACAUGGGCUACGGCAUCCUCACCAUAUUUGGCUACUUCAGAGACUUUCUGCGCCACUGGAACAUCGAGAAGUGCCACAUCGCCCAUGAAAGGGAGCAGCAGAAGGAUUUUGUCCCGCUCUAUCAAGACUUUGAGAACUUCUACACGAGAAACUUGUACAUGAGGAUCCGAGACAACUGGAACCGACCCAUCUGCAGCGUCCCUGGCGCUAAAGUGGACUUGGUGGAGAGAGUUACGCACAACUACAACUGGACAUUCGAGCACACAGGGAAGGUGGUGAAGGACGUUAUCAACAUGGGUUCAUACAACUACCUCGGCUUCGCCGAGAACACGGGAGCCUGCGCCAGCGCCGCCAUCGAAACCACACACGCGUACGGCGUUGGCGUGGCCAGCACCCGCUGCGAGAUCGGAAACCUGGAUAUCCAUGAAGAGCUGGAGCAGCUGGUAGCCAGGUUUCUUGGAGUCGAGUCGUCCAUGGCGUUCGGCAUGGGCUUCGCCACCAACUCCAUGAACAUUCCCCCUCUCACUGGGAAGGGUUGCCUCAUUUUAAGUGACGAGCUGAACCACGCCUCUCUGGUUCUGGGCGCCCGGCUGUCAGGUUCCACCAUCCGCGUCUUCAAACACAACAACAUGCAGAGCCUGGAGAAGCUGCUGAGAGACGCUAUUGCUCAUGGGCAGCCGCGAACUCACAGACCAUGGAAGAAGAUUCUCAUCGUGGUGGAGGGCAUCUACAGUAUGGAGGGGUCCAUCGUGCGUCUGCCGGAGGUCAUCGCUCUGAAGAAACGCUACAAGGCGUACCUGUACCUGGAUGAAGCUCACAGUAUCGGGGCUUUGGGGCCCAACGGCAGAGGAGUAGUGGAUUACUUUGGCCUGGACCCCAAAGAUGUUGACAUCAUGAUGGGAACGUUUACAAAAAGCUUCGGCGCUGCUGGCGGAUACAUCGGAGGAAGAAAGGAGCUGAUUGACUACUUGCGCUGCCACUCCCACAGCGCCCUGUAUGCCACGUCCAUGUCGCCUCCUGUGGCUCAGCAGAUCAUCUCCUCCAUGAAGAUCAUCAUGGGAGAGGACGGGAGCACGCUGGGUAAAGAUCGUCUCAGGCAGCUUUCGGAAAACACGACCUACUUCCGCAGGAAACUCCGGGAAAUGGGAUUUAUCAUUUACGGGAACGACGAUUCGCCCGUCGUGCCCCUCAUGCUCUACAUGCCCGCCAAAAUCGGGGCCUUCGGCCGGGAGAUGCUGAAGAGGAACAUCGGCACCGUGGUUGUCGGCUUCCCGGCCACGCCCAUCAUCGAGUCCAGAGCGCGUUUCUGUGUGUCGGCCGCUCACACCAGAGAAAUGCUUGACACGGCGCUGAGAGCCAUCAGUGAAGUGGGCGACCUGCUCCAGCUGAAGUACUCCAGACGGGAGCGUCCUCUCUCCACGCCAGGAUGGACGUACGAAGAAAGUCUGCUUCAGGACUGAGUCGCCCCGUCUGCCCUCCCACCCCCUUCUUGCCUAAAACGCUUCCCGUUAGUUCUGCAGACUUGUCUCACCUGUGACAGAAAACCCCCACCUCAUCAGGUCGCACAGCUGUGCACACACUGAAUGUGGAUCUCAUUUGUGCAAUAAAACACCCAAACGUGGAGCUUCUUCCUGAACCAGAAUAAGAGGCGGAGCUUUGACGGGAAUUCCUGCUUCUGCAAAAGAAGGAAAAAAGGAAUUGGGUCACGGCGGUGAUGCUCACAGAGGAAAACACAACAAAUGUAAAUAUUAUUUAUCACAAUGUUUGUGACACUGCCCUAAAGGAGCAGAACAAACACAAAUAUUUCAUCUCCUUCCCAAUCUCUUCUACUUGAACAGAGUAGAGUUUAUUGGAUUCUUUCUCUAACCAAAGGAUAUUUAUGUAUAGAUAUAUUUUCUACCUUUUUAUUUCUUUUGUUUUUUUCCUUUAAUGCAAAGCAGAUGAUCUUAAACGUGUAACCGUGGAAUCCCAGGGCAUCAGACUGAGUAUUUGGCGCCUUUUCUAGUUUUUGGCCUUAUUUACUGUUUACACCUGCACGCCUUUAAUCAUUUACAAAUGUGGCUUUUUUUGUUUUUCCUUUUCUUCACCUCCACAUUUCUUCUCACACAAGUGCUGCUGCGUGACUCUGAGCUUCCAUCUGUAUGCAUGACGGUGUCGCUCAUCCGACGUACAGACGGCAGGCCGCUUUAUUUAUUUUCAAACGUCCUUAAGCGUUGGCUUUUUUUUGUAUCCGUUUGUGACUUCAUGUCUUAACCUGAACUCUGCGCCGCUGACGGGCAUUUCUAAUGCUGGCAUGAAGAGGGCAGUGUGUUCAGGGAAAAUGGUUCCAAGCAUUUCUUUGGAAGGAAAUUUCACAUCCGUCUGUUUUCUGGGUUUUAGUUUGGAUUCUUGUUAGCAAGAUGUUCCUGUUAUGUCCAAAAACAGUGAUGUAACUUAAACAUAUUUCAUGUUUUGUUUUGUUUUUUUGUCUUUUUGACACAGAAGGACUAAAACAUUUCAGGCAGUCCAAUACUUUGGACAGAAAAUGGUUUUACUACAUGUUUAAUUAUUGAUGUGAUGUAAAAAAACCUGAAUUGUGUUCUCAAAGUUUCUGUUUAGAUUUUUUUUUUAUUUUUUAGGUGAAACAUUUCAGCAGAUUUAAUGUCCUGGAAGUCUGACAUCCUAACAGCUUUUACCUGUGAACUUCCGGAUGCACUGAAAACUUUUCCAAAAGUGUUCUUGGAGUCUUAGAGCCAUGUUGACAAAUUUGUUGGAAACUACUUGAAAAGAUUAAAAUCGCUUAAUUGAA